AUGUGUCUGUACAAGCAACGAAACUUUCAUGGAGUGACUGCAAUUGUGAUAGGUCUGAGGGUUGCUGACUACGAUGCAACAAUGAUCCCACGGGAGCUGCGCAGAAUUGUCGAAUAUGAGGGUAACUUUCGCGCGUGUCGCGACCAUUUGAGGGACAUGAGGGAGACGGGAAAGCCUGCGAUAUCAACGGUCGUGUCCGAACCCAACGAUGCCAAGACUAAGUUAUGUCACGUGUCAUUCAAUCAGCAUCCGGCAUCGUCACCCCUCAGUGAAGCCCCGCGCCGCGAUGUUUGCAAGCAGGUCAGGGUGAACAUGGACACCAACGUUUUGAUCAGAUCUGGUGACAUACUAGACCUCUAUCGGGACUUCGACAGAGUCUUACAGGCACUCAUCAACGAUGGAUGGAUCGUGCUGAAGGAUGCCACAGAUACAAACUCCAUUGAGCGGGUGGCGAGCAAUCAGCACGUCAACCACCUCCUCGCUGGAGUGAGCCCGCAGCCCUUCAAACAAAACCUCGCUAUCCUGAUGCCCGCUUCCCGACUGAAAAACUCCCCAUUUGAGCGCUUCCCUCGGGGGGAGACCCUAGCAGAUAAGAAAGAUGAGGUUCUUGGCUUGACUUGCUAUCAUCUCUUCGGCAAAGAUAAUAAGUCGCAGUGGAGGUGGCAAUACGAUAUAGGAGGCAGCAAGGGUGAUCUACCAACGGCCAUUGCAGCCACCGGUGGAGACGUGAUCAUAUGCAGUGGUUGGCUAUUACGACAGCUUCCCGAGCCGGAGGCCAAAACGGACCUAUACGUGGUAAAUUAUUAUCGGUCGGACCACCCUUGGUGA